AUGGAGGAUUUGAGCAGAUCAAAUGGAUACAACACCUACAGGAGUAGCAAUCGAAGGGACGAUAUGCCUGAAAGACCUCCUUCAGAUGCCUUGGUAGAUCUACAUGUAUACCUGGUACCACAAAGCAUCUGGAGAGAGAGGUACAACAACUUCCUCAACCAGAAUGUCACAGAAACAGUGUCUGCAGGGAUCAUAAGGGUCCAUCCAGAGCAGAAAGUCAUUGUGUUACGUGAUGAAAUUGACACGCAAAUAGGAGCAGAGCUGGUACCAAGAGAAUAUGUCUUCUUAAAAAGUGUGGGACGGAGUAUAACCAAGUUGAAGGCCAAGCAGGAAUAUCAGUUGAAAGUAAAGAAUUUCAUUCCACCACAGAGCUAUGCACCAGAAUUAUUCUUACUGGAGGCCCAGGAUGUGGACAGCAGUCGGAGCUCAGUUCGUCCUGACAGUCCGGAGUAUACGACUGGUCGGAAGUCUGAUCGGACACCAUACACAUCACAUAACACCAACCCCACCAGUCCAGAAUACAAUAUGUCAUCAGCAGAAAAUCUGACAAGUCGACAUCCUGGCCGGGUUAAACAUGAUUAUUCUUCCCCAUAUCACAACUCCCCCAUCCCUAAGAUCCCUACAAAGAACAAUCCUGACCCUCGUCGUUAUGAGUCAAUGGAUCCUGACCCCCAAUUCACCCCUGAUGAUGGUGUUAAUAGUUACUCUCGAGCCCAGCCCUACCAAACACCCCCUCGGGGCCAGAGGGCCCAGUCUCCACCUUCUAGGGAAGAUAGAAAUUACACAACACCACCACAUCGCCAGGAUAGGGGGUUGAACAGAAGUCAUGACCCUGCUAGUGGGCGUGAUAGCGAUACUCCAACAGAUGGGCAUCAACACCGAGGUGGCCAACAGCGGUCACAAUCCCCUCCUCAGAGGUCACAAUCCCCCCACAGAGUCACCAACCACCGCUCACAAUCCCCUGAAAGAUCAGUCGAAAAUAAUCGCUCUAGAUCUCCAGCUAGACAGAUUCAUCAGUCCAGGUCUCCCCCUAGAUACACAACUGAAAAUGUCCAAUUAAAGGAUAAACCAAAUCAACAUCUGGCUAGAAUUGAUGAUGAUAAUGUUGCUACCCCACCAAAACAUUCUGAACACCCCAGGGAAAUCCCUACUAAAAAAGAACAAAAUAGAACCCCUAUUCGUGAGGCAGAUAAACCCCAGGUCAAGCAGGGAAGAAAAGUUGCCUCCCCUGUCCAUGGUAAAGACCAAACAAAUGGCACCAGUCGACCUCUGUCAGCCUCCUGGGGGUCUGACUCACAGAAGUCUCUCUCCCCAGGGGGUGCUCCCCCUCCCAAACAGAAGCCUCAGAAAGAGGCUGUACAUGGACCCCCUCUCAGUGCCACUCCUCCUCCUUUGGUAGAAUCAAGUCGACCAGUAGCAGCCGCAAACAAGUAUGAUCCUCGCCUAGAAACCUAUACCAACCACACCAAUGAGGAUUCUGGGAUAGCUGGCCUCACUCCAGAGGACCAUUACAGAGAAAACCAGGAGGAUGUCUUGGAAAGGAGGAAGCGAGAAAGUGGGGAAAAACAACGACGAGAUGCGGAGCUACAAAAUCGUCUGAAGGCUGACCAAGAGGAACGGCAGCAAAAGGAAAAAGAUAUCCGCGACAAGGAAUGGGAACGUCACGAACAACUGGAAGAAGAACGCAGACGCAAGGACGAGCUGGAGAAACGACAAAGGGAGGAAGAAAAAAGAAGAAAGGAGGAGGAGGAUAAACAGAGAGAACUUGAUGAUGAAGCAAAACGGGAACAGGAAAGAAAUUUAGAUCGACUUUCAGCUUCAGAUGAGAGUGCCAAAGGUAAGAUUUUGUCUGGGAGACUUAGCAGUGUGAGUGGUCAUCCUGAUGGAACGUCCACUCCUAACUCUGUCAAGGUCACUGUCCAGCUUAAUGGCAACCGUGUGACAGAUGUUAACGUCAACGUGGACAGUGAGGAGGGCAGAAAGUUAGCGUCUUUUGAUAGAAAUAGCUCAACUGUACGAAGGUCAAACUCACAAACUACAGGAUGUCUCACAGACAGAGAAGACAGUGGUAUAGACAGAGGUUACCAUAGUGAUAAAACCACUCCCACAUCAAGGUCAGGUCAGGGUCGCCAUAAUAAUACCAGCAUACAGGAAUCUGACAGCAAUGAAAAAUUCGCUGAAAACAAAGACAGUAAUCAUAGGCUUGCCUACCAAAAUGAUGUUGAUGGAACUAGAACAGACCAGGAUCAUACUCAGGGUCAAGGUCACAUAGAACAAGACAAAAGGGUUAAUAAAAAUGAUGAUGGACCUCAUAAUCCCACAUCAGAGGAUUAUCAAAGUCUUUCCAAAAGUCAAAACGAAAGUAACGACAAAGUGCAAUAUGAACAAGUCCUUCAAGGAGGUAGUGUUGUUGAUGAACAGAAAAAUCAUGAAAAUGGCCAAAAUGAAACAAAGGUUAAAUUGCAAAAUGAAGUGAGGGACAGUAAAGAUGUAAGUGAGAGUCAGGUUUAUAAGGAAAGUUUACCUGAUCAAGUCAACAAUUUGAGUAAAAAUUUGACAGACCAAAGUCAGCAGUCUAGUAACAUUGGGGAUACUCAUCACACAGAGCCAGUGGUGUCAACGUCUGUUGAGGCAUCAGUAGAGCCUAAAACAGUGGUGUCAGGGAGUCAGUAUGUAGACCAGGGACACGGGGAGAUCCCUCAGCCAGUUCUUCAGUCUGGGGCUUUACAGGCACAGAGUGGAAACAGUGGUAGUAGAAAAACACCUUCUCGUGGUAAACACAAAGAAGUGUCCUGGUCUGAUGAUGUCAUAGACAAUGAGUCCCCAACCCCUAGUAGGCAUAGUAACAGGCUUGACCCAGGGCAACAGUCCAGUAGGGAAGGCAGUCAGCUGGGACGGAGGUCAGAUGAGGUUAGGAACAUUUUUGUCCCCCAAAAAACCAAUCAGGUACGACCAGGGACAUAUACACGUCCUCAGUCGUCGUUUCAGGGGCCACGUCGUAUGUUGUCUGUACAAGCAAACAGUCAAGUUUCUAAUGAAUCUCCAAGACGUCGCUCACAGGCUCGGGUGUCACAACCAGUUGUUCCCAGGAUACACCUAGAUUCAGACAGUAGUGUUGACUCACAACAGAAUCGACAAGGAACAUUCAAUGUCGUUCAUACCCCAUCAGGCUGGCACACACAGAGGGGUUCUAGACGCAGUGUGGUGCCUCCCCAAGAUGGCUACCAGACAGAUGUCAGUAACCAGGACAGCAUUGAACCCCCUCCUGGAGAAAAAGAGCUGAACCGUUUCCCUUCUCCUCCACCCCUGAAGAUGUCUACCCCUUCAUCCUCUAAAGGCCCACGAGAGUCACGUGGGGGUUCAGACACAGAGAGGGGCCAACAAGGGAAAACUGAAAAGGAACGGUUGAUGCGUGAACUAGAGCUGGCGAGAGAAGCACGGAAAACUACUGAGAAACAGAGAGAGGACUUAGUGAAAAAGGCAAAACUGCUCCAGAACAAGAUGCAGAAUAGGCGAAACCAUGCACGUGAUUUGUGGAAGAAGAGAUAUUUUGAAGAAAAGAAGCGUACAUCUCCUCUAGAAGAACAGUGUAACCGUCUACGACACGAGCUUGAGAUUAUUCACCGGAAACUGAUGAAUACGUUGGAGGGCCCUGCAAAGGACAAGUCAACACAGCGUAUGGGUGACCUCAAACCCUCAUUACAGAGUAAUUAUAAGAUACAGGCAGCACGACUCAUGCAUGAAAUCGAAGACAUUCGACGUCGCCUUGAAAAUGCCAAGAUGAAACUAACAGCAGAAAUGAAGCUACGCAACCAGGCUGAGACAGAGCUGAGAGCAAUGAGGGCAGAACUUAUACAGAAAAAGAUCAAUCGUACAUUGACACGUCACCAACAAUACCCAUCAGCGAUCUCUGUAUCUGACCCGUACCUUAACCAUACAGCCAUCACUCCUCGCUCCUAA